CGUGACAGACAAGACCCCUGGCUAGCUUUACUCGACUAUCGGAACACCUCCACAGAAGGUGUAGGGGCAAGCCCCGCCCAGAGACUUAUGUCAAGGCGAACCAGUACCUUGUUGCCAACCGCUGCAAGUCUGCUGCGCCCUACUGUAAAUCACAGUUCUGUUGACAGUCUUCAGCUGAAAAGACAAAAGGCCAAAUUCUACCAUGACAAACAUGUCAGACUGUUGCCAGAGCUGGAAAUUGGGUAGGAAGUGAGAGUCGCACCCCUUCGUAAGAAUCAAACAUGUGAGCAAGGAAUCUGCACUGAGAAGCUUUCAGACAGGUCAUACAUAGUUCAGUCGGGUGGAACGUCACUAAGAAGAAACAGGCAGUUUCUAAAGCCUGCAAGGGAAACGUCUGUACAAGGAAAUACAGACGCCAACCCUGACAGUGUUGCACACAGAGAUCCGGUGCGA